AGCUGAAGAAGUAAAGCGACCGAUUUCCUAGAAAGCAUCAGUCAACGGCGAGGAAGAUAACUUUCGGCGUUAGUUAAAGUAUCAACCAAGUAGGAGGAAAUCUAGAGCCUUCUCUUAUUAAUUGCAUAGCUCCAUACUCAAUUUUGGAUAAUUCCUCGAAGAAUCCGAAUCCAAUUGCGCCGGAGAAGAUGAAGAUCACCGUCAUGACCACCGACGAGCAAAUCGUCACGCUAGAAGUCGAUCGCGACGAAUCGGUUGAGAACUUGAAAGCUCUGCUUGAAGUUGAGACUCGGGUGCCGCUGCAGCAACAGCAAUUGCUGCUUAACGGGAAUGAGAUGGGGAAUUCUCAGAAAUUGAGUGCUCUGGGUGUUGCUGAUGGAGAUUUGGUUAUGAUGGUUCCGAACGCCGCGUCCUCUGGUUCCAGAGCUGGAGCACCUUCAAGCGAAGCUGCGGGCUUCAGUCCUGAUGGUUCAGCUGUAAAUCCCUCAGCUUUCCAACAGCAAGUGCGCAGUGAUUCGAAUUUGAUGGCACAACUGUUUCAGAGGGAUCCGGAGUUAGCACAAGCCAUACUUGGAAAUGAUCUCAACAGGUUACAAGACAUUUUGCGCGCACGUAAUCGCCAGAAAUCUGAAUUAAGGCGUCAACAAGAAGAGGAAAUGGCUUUACUUUAUGCAGAUCCAUUUGAUGUGGAGGCACAAAAGAAAAUAGAAGCCUCUAUUCGCCAGAAAGGCAUUGAUGAAAACUGGGCUGCAGCCUUGGAAUACAACCCUGAGGCAUUUGCAAGAGUGGUCAUGUUGUAUGUUGACAUGGAAGUUAAUGGUGUUCCGAUGAAGGCUUUUGUUGACAGUGGAGCUCAGUCAACAAUUAUAUCUAAAAGCUGUGCUGAACGUUUGGGAUUGUUGAGGCUUUUGGAUACACGCUACAAGGGUAUUGCCCAUGGAGUUGGGCAGUCUGAGAUUUUGGGUCGGAUACAUGUUGCUCCUAUCAAGAUUGGAAGUAUAUUCUAUCCGUGUUCCUUUAUGGUGUUGGAUGCACCCAACAUGGAAUUUCUCUUUGGCCUGGAUAUGCUCCGCAAGCACCAAUGCAUUAUUGAUCUAAAGGAGAAUGUACUGAGAGUUGGUGGAGGAGAGGUUUCUGUACCUUUCCUAGCAGAGAAGGACAUUCCAUCACAGUUUCUGGAUGAAGAGAGGUAUGCAAAGGAUGCUUCGAGCUCAGGAGCACAAGCAACAUCAGCAACUAGAGAGAACGUCAGUUCACCAAGUGGACCUUCUGGAAGUCUCAGCAACAAUGCUUCCCAGGGAGCUGAGUUUGAAGCUAAAGUUGUGAAGCUAGUCGAACUUGGGUUUGGAAGAGAACAGGUGGUUCAGGCUCUGAAGCUUUUUAAUGGCAACGAAGAACAAGCUGCCGGAUUUCUUUUCGGGUGAAGGGGAUGCCCCCUGCAACUGCAAAGAAAAUUCUUGCUUUUUUUCUGAGUUGGAAUAUUUAUAGAAACAUUGGAUUUUAAGGAACGGAUUGCUUCAUUCCAAACGGAAUUAGCAAGUACUUGAUGAUGUCUUCGUUUAAUGCUCUAUACUUAUGAAUUCUUUAAUUAUUUCGACAAAGUAGAUACUUUUAUUUUGGAUAA